CCGGCAGUUUCACAGAAGGGGAAGCAAAAUGGCGGAAUCGGAUGGGAUGGGCCUCUUAUUGUGUUCCUAAAAGAAAAAUGUUCCGUGCUUUUGCAUGUCGUUUUAAAGUUAACAAAAACACUGUGGAGGGUUUCAGCGGGUUUUUAGCUUUGGGAUUCACCAGCCGGCUCAUCUCUGCACUAUGAAGAUGGGAACAGAUGGACAGGCUGAAAAGGAUGAAGAAGUUGUGUCAGGCAAGUCACAGACUGAACAAAGUAAUGAUGAAGAGGAGGAAGUGGAUUCUAAAGCAGACAGAAGGACAGUUGGCUUAAGAUGUUUCCAGGGAAAUAGAGAGACCUCAGAGGAUGAGCCUAGUGAACUGGGGGCUUCUGUUGUUACUUCCUCUGAGCCUGUAUUUCUUGUGCCUCAGCUCAGCUCACAACCUCAGUACCUAGACUGUGACUUUGAUGUGGAGCUAACAGCAGAGGUGAAAGUAGAGGACGGCGCAUCUCUUGCUUUGUUGACAUCUGUUACCCCAAACCUUGGUUACCAGAAACCAGGAUCUUUUUUGAAAGGACAUCUUCUCUUUCCAGCAUCUUUAAGGAAAAAGAGAGUGUCUAUAGACAGUUCUUUGCCUUCAGGCUCUUUUCCUGGAUGCUGCUCAAGUGUAAUUCAAGCCUCUGGACAGAUGCAACUGCCCUGUUCCCUUAAAAUCUCUGAGAGGGUCAUAGAAAUGGCCAAAAGCCCUCUCCCCUCAUCACCCUCCAACUCACCAUCAUCUCCUUCAUCUGCUCCCUCUUCCCCCUCUUCCUCCCCUUCAUCGUCAUCCCCUGGUGGAAUGGGUACAAACUACCGUGAGGAUGAAGACAGAGGCCAUGCAGGAGACAGCAGAGGCAGCAAAGGAACUGGAGACUUUGUGUCAUCCACGUCGUCCACUUUGGUACCAUCAUCAAUGCCUGUGCCACCUUCUUCUUCUAAUCCUUCACUGCAUGCAUCAUCAUCAUCCACACAUUCAUGCAAUGAUGGACAGAGGGAAAGUUUAGAAAAUGACAUAUACGACCCCUUUCACCCAACAGAGGGCGAGGGGGAGAGAGAGCGGGCGUCCACUGAAGAUGAGGAGGAAGAGGUUGAUAAGUAUGAUCCUUUUGAACCGACAGGUUCUCCAGCCUCUGAAACAGAGGAGGAGAAAAGAUGUGUGGAUGAGGGAGGAAGCAGCAUUAAUAGCGAAGGGAAUGUUGCAAAAGCUGAAAGAGGAUUGGAAAUUGGGCCGCCUGCUGGCACAGAGGGGGGGCCUCCAGAUUCAACAGAAAUUGACGCUCCAUCUUCGAUGUUCAAUAAUGUACCUUUAGAACCCAACAGCAAGCGAUCCAUCAAAGACAGAAUGAGGGAACAGGGAAAAAAUCAAAGAGAACGGGGUACAGACUCUGAGCACUCUGAGAUAGAAGAAGGAGAGAUAGUGGGGGCCAAUGAAAGAGGAAGAGAACGAGUGAUUGAGAGAAGGAGGGAGGUGUUGCUUCCAUCCUCAAGCAGUCCCUCUUACCUUCAAGGGGGUGUCCCAAAACCAGAGAGGAUCUUACGGGUCUUAGAGGGUGAUGGGUUUGUAUCUGUCCGUGCUGAUGAAGAAUGGGAGAGGGAACCAGUAGCUUCCGUGGGUGUUGGAGAUCUAAGACGAAAACUGACGAGUCGACGAAAAGAAAGAUUCAGAUCAUGCCCUUCUUCUGCAUCCAUAUCACCUCCUCCUGCCCCUGUUUUGCCUUUGCCCUCUCCUUCCUUUCCCAAUUCUCCACCUCUAUCCACUGAUAAAGGGAGGAGUCGCAAAUCCUCCAAGAGUUCAAAGGACAGGGAUAGACGCAAGCGGAAAGAGGGAAGAGGAGAGAAGGAAAAGAGGAAAAAAAGGAAAGAGGGAAAGGAGUCAGGUGAAGGGAAAAGAGAAAGCAAAGAGAGGGACCAUGAAAAGAGAAGUGAAAAAGAGAAUAAAAGCAAGGAUAGGGAGAGAGGGAGAAGCAGCCGAAGCGAUAGUCGCAAGAGGAAAAAGAGACGCAGGAGCACUCCAGAACCUUCUUCCCGCUCCCACUCCCAGAAUGCCUCCCGACACGCACACAGUCGCAGAUCUUGGUCCAGCCCCUCGGAGGACCGCCACAAAGAUAGAGACCGAGAUAAAGAAAAGGAGAGAGAGCGAGAAAGGAACCAUGAAAGAGACAGGGAUAGAGACAGGGAUAAGGAACGGUGGCGAGACGACAGAGAUAGAGAGCGAGACAGAGACUCCAGAAGAAGAGAUGGACGAAGGAGAGAUAGGGAUGAGGAUAACAGGAGGUCAAGCAGCAGAGAGAGAAGCAGUACAAAGAGGGGCAGAGGAAGCAGUGACAGGAGAGACAGAGAGAAAGAAAUGAUUAGAGAUCGAGACAGGGACAGGAGAAGAGAUAGCAGGCCUGUUGUACCCCCGUCAAUUCAGGAUCUCAAUGGCUCUGACCUUUUUGCGAUCAAACGUACCAUCACUGUUACCACCACUACAACGACCACCACAGUCCCAACCUCACCGCCUUGUAGCCAACGGCGCUCCCACAGCCGAUCCCAGAGCUCUGACAAACAUCAUAAGAGGAAGAAAAAACGAAGGAGACGGUCAGAUGAUGAUGAGCGAAAGGACGAGGAGCACAGGAGUAGGUCCCGCCCCACCUCCAUAACGUCUCCUCGUUAUCAUGGAUAUGAAUCAGAUCAUCUCUCUGACCGUCCUGAGGUAGACAUGCUCUCUUUGGAUGGGGAAGCACUGGAUUCAGACUACCCUUCACUAGAGGACUCACCACUACUUCCUCCUCCUCCUGAGCCCCCUCUACCCAGUCCCAAAAUUAAAUCUGGAGCACCCAAAACUAGCCGACAUCAUCUGAAGAAGAAAUCCAGACCUGGCAAGACAGUUGGUCAGUCUGAAUCCACCUCCUCCUCUUCUUCUCAUAGACCAAAAGCAAAAAGUAAAAACCUUUUGUCAUCUCUCUCACCACCUCUUUCUGCAUCCUCAGGCAACACCACCUCCCUUCAGCCCACAGCAUUCUCAUCCACCACUAAACGAGGAAGGAAAACCGGCAAGGAAAAAGUAGGGAAAAAGGAUGCCGGGCGUUCUGGCAGGUCCAAAAAGCUCAGUGGCAGUAGCAGAAAGGGUAAGCUCCAGUCUAAAGUGUCUGUCUUGGUUCGUGAGGGUGUUAGCAGCACUACUGGGAACUCUGGAAAGUUGGGCCUUGACCUUCUUGGACCUGCUGGUGUUGUAAGUGGAGCUUCAGGGCCCUCAGUUGUUGGUGGGUCUAUUGCUGUGGUGUUCCGCCGGGACAAUGAGAGUCGGUCACCGUUUCUUAAGCCCUGCUCAGAGACACUGGCUCUUCCAGGUAGAGGCAAAGACCCAAGCAAAACUGGGAAGCAACGCAACAUUCUCGGGCCUCCGUCGUCAACAAAUCCGAGUGGACUGAAGUUGAAGAAAGCCAAGCCUAGCUCUGCUACAUCCACGUCCUCAUCUGCCUCUUCCCCUACUUCCUCACUGGCAGCAAAACGUAGAAGGAGGCCUGGAAAGAAGCCCAGAGAAAAAGGGCUAACUGUGGAUGGAAGUGAUUCUAAAGGCGCUAAUAGUAAUUGUAGCACAGUUGGUGGUGGUUGGGAAGGGGUAUCAACAGAAAUGCAGCCGUUGCUUGGGGUUGGAUCCAAGCCAUCCAGUCCUCCUUCAGCUCUUCCUGGUCCCACUCCCUCAUCCUCUUCAUCAUCCUCCUCUUCAUCAUCAGCAAGUAUUCUUCCUCCAUCCUCGUCACCACCCCACACACCCCCAUUAUCUUUGCCUCCGUCUCGAGAUACUAGAGAGUCAUCCCCAGACUCUCAAACUGUUGAUAGUAGCUGCAAGACACCAGAGCCUUCAUUCCAUUUGGAGGAGGGCCCUGGUCAGUCCAAAGCCUCAUCUCUCACACCUUCAAAGUCCCCUGCCAGCCCUCCCAGUCUGCUAUCAUCACAGAUCAGGGGCGAUACCAUAUCCCAGUCCACUUCCAGUGCUAAACCUCUCCUACCAGAUGAUCAGAAGGCAUCACCACCAUGCUCCACUUCAGCAGCUUUGGUGUCGGCCUCGAUCUCUCAUUCCAAUGUUCCUCUGGCAAAUGACCCUUCUUCCUCCUCCUCUUCUUCAGUGUCCUCAUCUUCAGUAACAAAGCCACCGCCACCUCCGCCCCCACCCCCCUCAGCUCCGCCUUUACCCUGGAGUCUACAAACUGGAGUGGACUGCACUGCUGGAGGUGUUUUAGCAUUGACAGCUCUCCUCUUCAAAAUGGAGGAGGCCAAUAUAGCCAGCAGAGCCAAAGCACAGGAGUUUAUCCAGGCCACAAGUCAGAUUCUCUCUCAGGCCAAUCAGAACCAGUCACAGACACACCCUCCUUCAUCAUCCUCAUCUAUAUCAUCACAAGUUCCUCCUCCUCCAUCACAUGCACCACCCCCAGGACCCACUCCUGCACAGUUUAUUCUCCAUAGCUCUGUUCCAUUGGUUGGCUGCACCAAAACUCCUCCUUCACACUUACACCCUGGACUCUCAAUGGGAGGAGGCUGUGCUCAGACUCCGCCACCUCCAUUGCCAGCGGGAAUGACAGGGCCAACAGGGGGCAGUGAAACGGGCUGGGACAAUGAAAGUAAAGACCCUGACAAGUAUCUGAAGAAGCUGCACACCCAGGAGAGGGCAGUAGAGGAAGUCAAAUUGGCCAUCAAGCCAUACUACCAGCGCAAAGACAUCAACAAAGACGAAUACAAGGAUAUCUUAAGGAAAGCUGUGCACAAGAUUUGUCACAGCCGAACAGGUGAGAUCAACCCAGUUAAAGUGAAUAACCUGGUCAAGCUUUAUGUCCAGAGGUACAAGUAUUUUAGAAAGCACGGCCGUAAGAUGGACGAGGAGGAAAAAGAGGACAGGGAGUCUGCCUCAAUGCAUUCCUCAACAUGAUUGGACAAAGACUGUUUAUUUCUCUCCAUCUGGUCAAACAAGUUUGCAAAAUCUCCUCCCCUGCACGUGUUUGGGCCCACCAUGGCUAUUGAGUGACAGUCGUUUGUUAUAUUGUUCUGUUCCCCCUCUGUGUCGACAUCAUGUAGACUUCAGUACUCCAACCUCCUUCCCAUCUCUCUUUCUUGUCUUGCUAUAAAUAUGUAUGAAUAUAGAAAUGUGGAAAGACAUAAAGUAUACUUAAAGCGUUCUGAAGUAUACACUCGAGAUGGAGAGAUAAAGAUGGCGUGCCAACACUCUCUUACACAUAAUAAUCAACCUGUACAUACAAGUACACUACAUAGGUGUUCUUUCUUCCUCUCUCCCUUUCUGAGAAGAGUGCACAUUUUAAAUAGUCAGCUAGCCUACACAUUUAUUACUAUUGAGGUUUUGAGUGUGAAAGAAUGAAUGACAGAAUUGAGAAAAGAAUGUUAUAUUUACCCCUUUGAAUUUUCUUUAUUGCUAGGAUUGUGUGUGCUAUCUGUUCUUUUUCCCACUGUGUCAAAGAGCAUUCAGGUGCUACUUAGACACGUGACACUCUUUCAAGUUUUGAGAUAGCUCUGGAAUGGAGGAUAUGUACCAUCGUUUCCAUCUCAUAGAAAAGUGAAUGUGUAUAUAGAUGGAACAGAAUGAUGUUUGAUAAUGUUUGUUUGUUUUUUUUUGUUUUGUUUUUUAUUUUUACUUCAAUUGCAGACAACUGAAAUUUAAGCGUAUUCUGACAAUGUCAUCACUUACCUAGAGAUUUUAUUUUCCCCAGUCUAAAGUUUCACGUAAUAUAAUUGAGUUGGCAGAAGACAGUCGUUGGAAGAGGUACUACAGUGUGUAUAUGAAUGGUUGAAAUGCAUGUGUUUUGGAUUUUAUUUGUACUGAAGAAACCUGUAGUGAUUUUGAAGGUCACAUGAGCGAUAAAUUUGUGCCCUUACUUCCAAA